UUGGUCCAGGCUCGGGGUUUAAAUGGCACGAGCUCGCAUCUUUACAUCAUCCUUGACUGAGCGCGCGACACCGACACCGACACAGUCCAGAUUCCAACAAAUGGACGAUGAGCGACAAAGCAAAGAAGAAAAACCGGCGUCCCUUCGGAGCGACUGCCCCUCCUUUUAUCGACUAUCUCAAAGACAUUCUGCGUCGAUAUCCAGACGGCGGACAGAUCCUCAAGGAGCUGAUUCAAAAUGCUGAUGACGCCAGCGCGACGGAGGUCAUUUUCAUUCAUGACAACAGGAGCUACGGGACCGACGACCUCUGGACCCAAGGCCUGGCCAAGUUCCAAGGUCCAGCCCUGUACGCCUACAACAACGCCCAGUUCACGGACGAGGACUGGGCAGGAAUCCAGAACGUGGCCCGGAGCGUCAAACGUGAUGAUCCCAAUAAAGUGGGACGAUUUGGGCUCGGGUUCAACUCCGUGUACCACAUCACAGAUUUGACCUGUAUAUUCAGUGCAGGACACCUGGGCAUGAUGGACCCUCAGGAGAAAAUAUUUGAUGACAAAAAUGGAGGUCUGCAGUGGUCUUUGGAAGAUGAAGAUGACCGACAAGCACUUACAGAGAUGCAUGACCAGUUCCAACCUUUCAGAGACAUUGUUUCACUUGUAAGUGGACAAGAGUGGGACAGAAUUAUAGAGGAAGAUCAGAAUUUCAGUGGCACCCUUUUCAGAUUCCCCUUACGCACAGAGAAGUCGCAAAUAUCCGACAAUCUUUACAGUUACGAGAGAGUUGUGGAGCUCUUCGGCAGUUUCAUCGCUGACGCAGACCUGAGCCUUCUCUUCCUCAAGAACGUCUCGUCCGUCUCCCUCAUCCACAUUGACGCUGAAGGCUCUGUCUCUACUCGACUCGAAGUGAACUCCACAACCUCAGAAGAUGUCAGUCUAGAGUCAUCUGAGGGUGUCACCAAAGGACAUACAACAAUCAAAUCCAUUACUCUUAAGUCGGCAGACAAGCUCGAAGAAACCAAGUGGCUACUGACGUCUUGCACUCUGAAAGAAGGCCACGUGGACAAGCUUGAUUACCUUGCGGAGAAGCUCAAAUUCGUUCCUAGGGUGGACUUGGCGUUCCCUUGCGACGACAGCGUAGAUUGCAGCAAGAGUCGACUGUGCUGCUUUCUCCCCCUACCAAACAACGAGUCAAACAAGACAGGGCUCCCGGUUUAUGUCAACGCGUACUUCGGCCUCACCGACAACCGGAGAGAGAUCAAGUGGCAAGAAGAAGACCAGAUGAACGACGAACACGCCAUCUGGAACGAGCAGCUCAUCAAGGAGGUGCUUCCGGAGACCUUCCUCACCAUCCUUCAAGACGCCAUCAGACUUGUCCAAGACUACGUCCUGCCGGCGAAUUCCAGCUACAAUCUGUGGCCCGAUCUGUCCCAAGUGCAGCACAAGGAGAAGUGGCACGACGUGGCCUUGGAUGUUCUCCGUAAGAUGUUCGAUCAGGAUAUUGCGGUUCUGUCUCUCGCCAAAGAUGAGAGGCGGUUUAUCACGCUGUCCGAAGCUGUGUUUCCAUGUAACGGUCCAACGCCGUCGGACACGCUGGCCGCCAUCAAGAGAGUCCUGGUGUCCCGCGAUGAGAACCUGGUGACUUUAUCAGACAGUGUGGCCAGAGCUUUGAAGACAGCCUACCGAAACUUUAAUUCUCUAACCCACGUGACUCCAGCCUUCCUGAGAGACAUUCUUCGCCGCACUGGUGUUGAGGACAUCUCCGGCGUCGACAGGCGGACUCUGUUGGAGUACGUUUUGAGUGAUGGAAAGUACGCAGAACUCCGUGGUCUACAACUGCUCCCUCUCAGCGAUGGUUCCUUCAAAUCCUUCACGGACAGAGAAGAGGACACCAGUUUAAUCGACAGCAUGGAAUUUCCAAGGACAUUGCUUCCGUUCUGUCAAAGUCUCUUCAUACCAGAUGGCCUCAGUCCAGAAUGUGUAACCCACCUGAGAAAACUGGCAGAGCAACAUCUGUACAAGAUCAUUAAGAUGGAUGCAGAUCAGGUGUUGAGAUACACAAGAAGCCAUAUGCCAGAAGAGUGGAAGAAGUCAGAGAAGAGCCUUGUAACAUGGGAGGUGAGCAGGGAUCGGCACCCCCCACUGAACUGGUUACAAGACUUCUGGAGAUUUCUUCAGAGUCAUUUUAGGGAUCUACGUUGUUUAACUGGACUGCCCUUAAUACCAGUUAACACAGUGUCCAGUAGCCAACCAGUGACACUUGCUAAAAUACAAAGUAACCCAACGUUGAUUUUUGAGAAAAGUAAACAAGCGGCCUUACCAGAUACAAUCAUUCAGCUGGUUAACAAAGUUGGAGGCACCGUGGUGAAAGAAAAUAAUUGGCUAAAGCACGAAGACCUAGAUUCCUAUGUCCUGAGUCCAUCUCCACGACAUGUUCUGCAAGUGUUUGUAAAUGUACAGUCCCAGCAAAUCAUCAAAGAGCUGAAGGCUGCUCCUAAAAAGACUUUAGAGGAGCUAAAAAAUUUCUUCUCUCGACUUGAUGUUCUCUCAAGCUGUGAAAAACAAUUACUCUUGCAGUUGCCGUUGUUCCAGACCAUCACAGGACAGUACACCAGUGCUCAGUCCAAACAAGCUGUGCUGUUUAUCUCCGGACUCACGAUACCUGUAGAUUUACCCAUGCCUAACACAGUGUUGAGGUGUUCUACUGAGGCCGAUCGCAGACUUCUUCAGCUACUCAAAAUCACCCUCUUGGAGACAGCGCAAGCAGCCAGUCUUCUGAUCGACAGUGUGGAAAAUAGAACAUGUGGCCAAACAGGCACUGAGAAAAUCAUGACAUGGAUCUUAGACCAUGGAAAUAUCCUUUUCUACCAAAAUCCAAAUUUAAAAGAAAGAUGCAAGCAUUUGUCUUUCAUUGAAAUAAAGGGAAAGUCAAAGAAAUUGUCCAGUCUUUAUGACCCUACAGUUAAUUCAUUUAAAGUUCUAUUUGAAGACGAUUACUUCCCACCAGCUGUUUACACAAAGACACCGCAGAUGCUUGCAAGCUUGAUUGACCUUGGACUAAUCCAUAAAGAAGCAGAUGUGUCUCCUGAACACCUGCUGCAUGCCGCCACACUGGUUGAAAAUCUUACAAGUGGCAAUCACCAAAAGGCUCGCCAAAAAGCACAGGUGUUACUGAAAAUCCUGGAUUCCAAUGAUUUAUUAAAGGUCUUUACCCAUGACCAGAUUGAGCGACUGAAAAGGAUUAAAUGGGUGCCAGUGACAAAUCCAAAGAACCUACAAAACGACUCUGUACGAAAUGGGUUCUCCUGCCCAGUGGAGAUGAGGCACAGCAUGUAUGAAGACAUAGUUGGGUACGUGAUGCCCAUGGAGGGAUCGCUCAGUGAAAACAUCUGCACCAAACUUGGCCUCAAAGAACCACCACCACCAGAAAAAGUAGCUGCAAAUCUGUCAGUGCUCAUAUCCAAAGCCAAGGAACUGGAUAAUCCUGACACAAAUGUGGAUUUUAAAAGAAAACUCCGAAGCAUUUAUGGACAUAUGCAGAAGUCCAUCCACAAAUACGCUGCAAUAAUCAGCAAAGACACUAGAUGGCUUUGGAAUCGCAACCAGUUUAUGGCUCCCAGAGAAUUGAUUCUAAAAUUUCCAGAUAAUCUAGACCUGAGCUCUCAAAUUGGUAAAGUUCCAGAUGAAUUUCUUCCAUACAAACGUUUAUUCCAAGAGUUUGGACUCCGCGAAAAUUUGACAGUUGAAGAAAUCAUUGAGUUACUUUACAGGAUUAAACAAACCAUUGAAGACAGAGAAGUGGAAGUUGCAACAUCUUCAGAGAUUAAAGUGUCUAUUGACAUUCUGAACUGGCUUCGGAGAGAGAAGAAAGUGGUUCCCGAUGAUGUUCCUGUGCCAGUCAUCGUACAACAUGGACAAUACACACUUAAAUCAAAGUCAGUGGCUGUUUUCUGUGACCUGAGCAAAAAUGGCUUGAAAGAACUUGAGUGCAGCCAAGAAGAAAUGCAUGUAGUUCAUGAGGAGAUGCCAAUAGCAACAGCAGAGUUUUUAGACAUUCAACUCCUGAGUACUUAUAUUCUGGAUCCAAAGUCAGUGGGAAUCGAACAAUGUGGGCAAACAGAACCAAUAACAACCAGAAUCAAAAACAUUCUGAAAGAAUAUGAUGAAGAACGUGACAUUUUCAAAGAAAUCAUUCAAAAUGCUGAAGACGCCGGAGCUCAAACAUGUAAAUUCUUAUUGGAUUUUAGAGUUCACAAAGGUGACCCUGAAAGUCUCAUUGACCCAGACAUGAGGUUGUGCCAGGGCCCCUGUGUGUGGGCAUUUAAUAAUGAGCAGUUCUCUCCUGAUGACUGGAAAAAUAUAGUGAAAGUGGGCGCCGCCUCGAAGGAGAACAUGGUGGAAAAGAUUGGCAUGUUUGGACUUGGAUUCAACACUGUGUAUCAUGUCACGGACAUUCCCUCCAUCCUCAGCGGCAGUACGCUCCUCAUACUUGAUCCAAAUGUUAGCCAUCUUAAAAAACGCAUCAAAGGCAAAUCAAAUCCUGGCAUCAAACUGGAGCUAUCUCGGCAGAAUCUUUUUCAGUGGUUUCCUGGUCAGUUUGCACCUUAUGAAGGUGUUUUUAACUGCAGUUUCUCCGGUCAGUCUCCUAAACACUAUCCUGGCACCCUGAUUAAAUUACCAUUCAGAACUGUAGAGGAAUCACUUUCAUCAGAAAUAAGCUCUAAAGUUUAUAACAAUCAACAGAUUUUGGCUUUUCAAAACCACUUCACCAAAGACUCCCAUUCGCAUCUAAUCUUUCUUAAAAAUAUCAACACCGUGUCUCUUCAAACUGCCUCAAGCUCAUCUUCGACUCCACUGACAGAUGGAGACAUUGAAAAUAUUUUUACAGUCUCCAAGACUACACUGCGCCGUAUGGAUAUUUCAGAGGAAAGUCCUGCGUUGAUGCAACAGGAGACUGAGAACACGUUAAAGCAGCUUAACAGGAAAUACAAAGAGGUCAUCGACUGCAGCAAAGUGGACAUUGUGGAGGUAACAUGUCAGCAGUCAGGGGAAACACACAUCCAGUGCUGGCUUCUCUGCAGCUGCUUUGGAACUAAAGAGUCAUUGAAACUGGCCAUGGGCAAAAACAAGAAUUUAGCAUUUUCAUUGCCAGUUGGUGGCGUUGCUGUGCCUUUGCAGUGGAACCAGGAAGCUAAAACAUUUGAAGCAUCACAGACAAAACUCUCAGGAAAAGCAUUUUGUUUCCUUCCUCUUUCCAUUGACACAGGACUACCAUUCAAUGUAAACGGAACAUUUGCAGUGACGAGCAACAGAAAAACUCUUUGGGAGAGUGGAGUUAAACAUGAGUGGAACAAGUCUCUGCAGCAGGACCCAAUCGUCUCUGCUGUCAUCACUGCACUGUUGGCUCUUAAGAAGAUGUCACAAAAUAAAGAACUGAACAACUACCUCUACCACACAUUCUGGCCUCACAGGGAGCGUGUGAGUGAGAAUUUUAAGCCACUUGUUGAUGCAUUUUAUUCUACUAUUGCCCAAACUGGCAGUGCCCCAAAGCUUUUCAGUGAUGGUGAGCACUGGUUCUCUUUGGAAAAUACCCUCAUUUUCCACAAAAGCAUCGAGGAAGAUAAGAACAUUUUCCCACUUGUAAUGCAGGUGUGCCAGAAACAUGUCAAAUCCAGUCACGCAGUUUCAAUUCCAGGCCCAAUACGGAAUAGUUUUAAACAGGCAGGCCUUGAAAAGGCCUUACAACACAAGACUUGGAAUUGGGAGAGGUUUUACAAAGAAGCAGUUUUUGCAAAUCUGGGCGAAAUUGAUCCUGAAUGGAGAGAUACACUGAUACUACACGCUAUUCACCUCAAAAUGAAAGAGAUUGACUCUCUUUUGGUUGCAUACCCAUGCAUCCCUACUACCAGUGGACAGCUGCAGUAUAUUCAAAAUCUAGUCGACCCAAAUGGCAAAGUGGCCUGCCUGUUUAAGCGCAAGGAAGGGCGCAUACUAGGAGGGACCAUAAAUGACUUCUGCUCCUCUGAAACAGUUUCUCGCCUACAGAGGCUUGGAAUGGCAUGUGAUAUGCUUUCUUUAAAAGACAUUACCAAGAAAGCAGAAGCCGUCAGUAAAGUCUGGGUCAAAGACAAAAACAAAGCAUAUAAACACAUAAAAUGUCUUCUGUCUCUUCUAAAGCAUCACCUGGACCAUGAUGACUCUCCUUUCUGGGAAGCUUUGAGAGCCGCUCCAUUUCUGCCAGCCUUUUCACCUGGAGACACAACCAUGAAGAGAGAGGUGACGUUGCAAAGACCUGCUGAUGUUUUCACUGACACAUGUGCUCUUCUUGUUAACAUGACAAAGCCUAUUUUAGAGAUUUCUAAACUUAAAAUAUAUUCAUCUGACCCAGUUCUACAGAUGCUGGGGGUCAAUGACAAAGCAGACCCUGAAAUGGUGCUUGAGCAGCUAAAAGAAGCACAGGCACAGUGUCAGUCUUUGGACAAAUCAAUGCUGCAGAAAAUGGCCAGUGAUUGCUACAAGUUUCUAGAUCUCCACCUGUGUGACUCAGACGAAGACAUGAGAGAGUUCAUUGUGCAGAGUGCAAAGUCAUUUGCAUUUGUCCUUGUUGGUGAUAAAUUUGUCAACAUCAACUGUGUAGCUGAAAAGGCACAGUUUGAAGCUAAACCCUAUCUUUAUGCCCUUCCAGUUCAGUUUGCACAUUUUAGAAGACUCUGGGAAAUGGUUGGAGUGAAUAAAGAGUUUUCUCUUAGCCAAUGCCUGGAGGCCCUGGAGAGCAUCAACUCUAAACACAGAAAUAAACCAUUACCAAAAAGUGAUCUGUCAGUUUGCCUCACUAUUUUGAUCAGAGGAAUUUCUGAAACUGGGGAAAGACCAAAAAACUGCCUUGUGCCCAAUAAAAAGAGCAUUUUACAACCUGCACAAACCAUGUUCUACAAUGACUCUCCAUGGAUGCCAGUCAAGAAGGGAGUCACACUUUGUCAUGAAAACAUUCCACGAGUAAAAGCAAUCAGCUUGGGCAUUAGAACAACGAGGCACCACACACUGUUGAGUAAUGUUGUUGAACACAUGUCAUCAUUUGCCUUUGAAUUUGGGCAGCAAGAAGACCUAACCGUUCGAAUCAGAAAUAUCAUCUCAGCCUAUCCAGCGAAGAAGGACAUUCUUAAAGAACUUAUUCAAAAUGCUGAUGAUGCAGAGGCCACAGAAAUCCAUUUUAUUUGGGACAAAAGGCAGCAUGGAAGUAAAAGGACGUUUGGGGAGAGAUGGAACGCUCUGCAAGGUCCAGCUCUGUGUGUGUUCAACAAUAAAGUCUUCUCUGAUGCAGAUUUUAAAGGAAUUCAGCAGCUGGGAGAGGGUGGGAAGCACAACGCUCCAGGAAAGACUGGAAAGUACGGGCUUGGAUUCAACUCUGUUUACCAUCUGACCGACUGCCCCUCCAUCCUCACUGGGGAUAAGAUACUCGGCAUAUUUGACCCCAACCAAAACUACAUUGAGAGCACUUCAGAUGUUUCACCUGUUGGCACUGGUUAUAACUUAGCUGACAAUUUUAAAGAGAUGUACAUGGAUGUCUAUGAAAGUUUUCUUCCAAAUAUGUUUUCUCUGAACGAAGGGACCAUGUUCAGGUUGCCUUUAAGAACAGAUGACAUGGCAAAGUAUUCCAAAAUAUCCCCAAGUACAGUUGCUGCAAAUGACAUGAAAGAACUCUGCUCUGCACUUACUGAAGAUCCUGAAGGAUUGAUACUUUUUCUAAAGCACAUUUCCAAAAUAGAACUUCAUGAAAUUGACGCAUCAGGAAAGCAACGCACCACUUUUACAGUGCAAAAAUCUGUACCAACUUCCAAUGAAAAAGACACUUUUGUUAAAUUAAAACAAGAGUCACUCUCUUCAGAUAAGCCAGUAGAACCACAGAAGGUAAUCUAUGAAACUGUGAUUUCAACAUCACAGGAAAUAACAACUAAAUGGAUCAUUGCAGAACAGUUUGGCUCGAUUAAAAACAGCGACAAACACACAGUACCGUGUGACAAACUUGCUCAUGCAGCAGUAGCAGCACGUGUGAGUCGAAAAAAGCCUAAAAAUAAGUAUGAACAUUCUGAGAGACAAACAUUUAGUCAACAAAAACAACAAAACCCAAACCAUUUUGAAGGAGUAGCGUUUUGUUCACUUCCUUUGCCUGGUCACACUGGUCUACCAGUUCAUGUCAAUGCCAACUUUGAGGUGGAUUCUUCUCGAAGGAACCUGUGGACAGAAGAUGGUGAGAGUCAGAAAAUAAAAUGGAAUGAAUAUUUGAAACAGACAGUCAUAGCUCCUCUGUACGCUGACCUCCUUGAUUACCUUCGCCGUGGCUUUGCAGACAAGCAGAACUACAAAUUGAUACAAAUUGAAGCUCUCCAAAAAUUUUACUUGUGUUUCUUCCCAACAGUCAGCAAAAACGUUCACCCAUGCUGGCAUGAGAUGGUGCAUGAAGUGUACAGAUCAAUCAAAGAAAGAUCUCUGGAUGUGAUUCCUGUGUUCAAAGGCUGUACAGAAACAACUGAAAACCGUACUUUGUAUUGUAUCAAGUGGUAUAACAUUUCACAAACUGACCCAACUAAAAUACUUUACCUUUUGUCUGGAAUCAUGGAAGGGCUCAGAAAGAUUUUGGAAGAUGUUGGAAUGAGGCUGGUGCCUUCAAAUUUUCAAAGUAUUUGGAGCAGUUUCAAAUCAGCUGGAAUUGAAAUGUACUAUGUGAGUCCUUCAACUGUGCGGACAUUCCUGAGAGCUAAGCCACUCAAUGAUCCAUCACAGACAGAAGAGCAGCUGCCUCUCUCUGUAUCACAGACUCUUAUCAAGGAUGGUGAAAGAUGUGCUGAGCUCUUGAGUUUCUGUCUCAAAGAUCUUGAAGAAGUAAAAGGAAAAGGCACUAAAUCUGACCCCAGUGUUAUCCACGGACUUCCUCUUCUUCUAACAAAAGACCAGGUUCUGAGAGAAUUUGACCUGUACUCUCCCAAAUUUGUUUCAUUAUAUGAUAAAUUGUUUAUUGGCCAUGAAGACCAGUUUGCAGAUUAUCGGACCAACACAAUGCGCAUUUCCAUUCUUAAAAGUUUUGGCUUUGUGAAAGAGUUGACCGUUGCGAUGGAGCAAGAGUACCUGAAGCCCUUAAUUGAACAGUUUCUUGAAACAUGUGAAGUUGAUCCAGAAAAAGAACUCUACAUCCCAAGUGAAGAAAUGUUGAAGUGGUUGAAAAGUCUUUGGAUGUUUAUUUUCAGUGAACUCAGAAUUUCCAACAUUGUCACAGAAGGUCUGACAUUAGGGGCGGUGAAGCAGAUCUACAGUGAAUGCUGCAUUUUGCCAGUCAUCUGCCAACUAAACAAACAGAAAUACUUACAAAAGAUGAGUGACAUGCCGAGUGUGAUUAUGUAUCAUUCUGACAGAGACGUAUCAAACAUCUUGUUUAAACUUGGCUUUUUAGAGUUGAACACUUUGUUCUUCAGUGACAUGUACAGUGAGCGCUAUUCUCAUUUCUCUUCAGAGCUUUUAGAUGUCUCCAAUAGCAGUUCUGUUUUGGAUCAACUCUGCAACAAAAACACUUUGGAAUUUUCACAACUGUCAUCAAGUGAAAUGAGUGAACUACAGAUCUUCUUGAUCUCUGGUGUUUCCAAAGCCAAAAACAAGCAAGAUUAUCAAAGAAAGUUCAAAUCCUUGCCUUUAUUUGAAACAAUAAACCAUGAGCGUGUCAGGAUUGAUGGUUCAAGACGUGUAUAUGUCCUCAAUAUGAAUGAACUGACCAGAUUUCCAAACUUGUUUAGGCUGCCUGACACCUCUGCCGUGUUCCUCAAAAACAGUCCUGAAAACUUGCACCUCUCGUAUUCACUGAAUAUCAAAACACUUUCUGAUUUGGACUUUUUUGUUCAGUUCUUGGUGCCGGUGGUUCAUAUUCUCACAGAACGUCAGACUUUAGACUGUCUCAAACUUUUGUUUUCAUUACAACAUCAUAACAACUUUUCCGAAUCAAAGGAACAAAUAGUUUCCACAUUUAGAAACGUGAGACUGAUUCGGAGUUCUCUUGGCCAAUUGCAAUUGGUGUCCUAUUUCUUUGAUGGCGAUGUUGAACUCUUUAAGGUGAUGCUACCAAAAGAAAGAUUUGUGCCCAAAGCAUUCUGGGAUGAGGUGACUGAAAAUGCCCAGCACAGAGUCGCUCAUUUAAAAGCUUUACUCAAAGAGCUCGGAAUGAGGCAUACUGUUUCUGCAGAUGACAUAACAGCAUUUGCACAUCAGGUAGAGGAAGAAGUGAAACUCAAAGGAAAACUAAAUGAUCUAAAAAAGAAAUCCAAUCUCAUUUUCAAAAAAGCUCUACAGUUUGCUGAAGACUCAAAAAGCAAUGGACAAAAGUUGCUUCAAAAUUUAGCUCAUGUUAAGUUUAUUUUCCCUGUAAAAAUCAAAACAGAGUUGUGUGACUACCACCCUGCUUUUACCUCUGAGGACACUGCUGUUCCAAUCAGUGGAGCUUUGAUUGAAGCUAAAACAAGAGAUCAAGAACUUAUCUGGACUUCAAUGGCCAUCAUACAUGUCCCGGGGUAUAUGUCAAAAACAGUUCGAGAAAGGCUGUCCAGUGCAGGGGCAUUUGAAAAUCCUCCAUCAGAAUAUGUUAUUACAAAUUUGAAAAACAUAUGUUUGUCACCUUGUCAAAAUGAGCAGAUAAUCCAGACCAGAGCCAGUGUGUUUCAGUCUUGUUAUACUUUCCUGCUGAACAAGCCCAUGAAAAGUCAGUGCCUGGCUGGACUUCCUGUUGUGCUGGUUGAAAAAAACAAGAAACUUGUAAGAACUGAAGAUGUCUGUUUUUCUCUUGACCAUGACAAUGACUUCAGACCCUAUCUGUACAAACUCCCUAUAGACCUGGUAGUUUACACGGUUUUCUUCACAAACAUUGGUGUAAAUAAUGAACCCUCUGUAGUACAGUUUUGUAAUGUUUUGGCAGCACUACAUAGUGACACGAGUAAUAAACCAAACCUACACGCAAACCAACUAAAAACAGUGAAACGUGCUGUCGAGCAGCUGUUUAACCUUGUGAAGCAGCAGAAACAAAGCCUUGAUGUCAUAAAGAUGCUGUAUCUUCCGGGUGUGAACGGGAAGUUAAUGGAAUCAAACAAACUUUACUACAAUAACACACAUUUUGAAGCUUCACGACUAGAAAAGGCUCUUCCACAGAAGUUUGUGUUACUUGAGAAACUUAGUAAUUGCUAUUUGAAAGCAGACAUUUAUGAACACCACAAGCUCAUAAACCUACUGCCACAGAGGCUUCAGCCACAGAUGCUGUCCCAAAUCACUGAGGAGAAACUAGUGGAGACGCAAAUGGAGCAAUGUGACUCAAACUGUGAGUUUAGUGAGUUCUUUGAAGAACAUCUUUCCUCUCCAGUAUUUCAUUAUGGCCUAAUCUGUCUGAUCCGAGCUGAGUCAGAGGGCAAAAUAACACAGGAGCAGGCCAUGGAAAUGUGCAACUCCACCUUUGGAAGAAUACAGAUCUUCUGCUGUCAGCGUCUACGGACAGAGCUUUGGCUGGAGAAGCAACAGCUCCCAAACACUGUUGCACAACAGGUUUAUGUCAAACAAGAGCAAGAAGGCUGCAUCUUUUACUUGCAGCACAAUGAUUUGGAUCACAAUGCCAUAUUUCAAGUGUGUCAAACAUUGGCAAUGGAAAUCAACAAUCUGUUAGGCAACAUACUGGAAUCAAAAAAAGUAAUGGCCUGUUCAUCCCUCAUCCUGUGUCAAAAUCUAGACCAAGUGAGAAAAAAUUUAGCAAAAUAUAAAAUCCGUGACAGUGUCGAAACUGAAAAUUUACAGUUCAAUCCACCAGCACCAGGAACAGAGAUCCCUGAAGAAUGGCACGAUGCUUUGGACAUGAACAUUCUCAACAACUUUGAGGAGGGGGAGUACGUAGGCUACGAUUUUAAUGGAAAAUACAUCUAUGCAGUCAUUGUUGAGAAACUACCUGGAAACACUGCGCAGUUCAUGCAGAGAUACAAAAUAGACAUCGGUGAAGACGAGCCAGUGGAGGUCGGUUUUCUCGACUUGUACCAGUUCAAACGUGAGAAGCGACCAGCCCCGUCGUCCAGUUUGGAGCUCCAACUUGUAGAAGCUCCAAACACACAGCCCCAUUCCCCCCAACAAAGCACAAGGUCCUCACCUGCAUCUGUUGAAGAGGCCAAAAAAGAAAUCGACAAAUGUUUGGAUGAAGUUUGGAUUCUUCCCGCGGAGGAGCGAAAAAAAGCCAUCAAUCGGCUGUACCUGAGGUGGCACCCAGAUAAAAACCCGGACUGUCCUUUGAUUGCCACCGAGGCCUUUAAGUAUCUAAAGAACCGAAUCGACGAACUAAUACAAGGAAAAUGCAGAUCUACUGGCUCGCGUUCCUCCUCCCAUUCCCGUUCCUCCUCCUCUCCGUCAUAUUCCAGGUCACACACCAACUUCCGAGACUUUUUCCACGAAUGGGACGAAGAGGCGAGACGUCACAGAAGCAGCCGAGAGCGGUUUCACUGUGGCUCUCGACGUUCUUACAACUUCUGGAACUUCAGCAACUUCAACAACAACUUCAACAACAUCCGACGUCCAAACAAAGAGGAGGCCAAACGCUGGUGCAGGCAAGCCCGGUGUGACCUGACCGCGGCCGGCAACGACACGGAAAAGGACGCGACCGAAUGGUGCCUCUUCAAGGUCCAUCAGGUUGUGGAAAAAGCUCUCAUCGCCGCGUCUUACCGGAACAACGGAAAGCGUCCAAAGAGCGGCUCUAUUUCCAACGUGGCCUCGGAAGUUUCCUCGUACGGUCCCGGCCUCAGAGGUCUUCCGCAGCUCGUGGCGACUCUGAAGGCCCUGGGCGUGGAUUCCAAAAAGACCCAGUACCCGGACUGCCACCCCGUCCCGCUCAUCCCCAACGGACAGUUCCGAUCGGCCGACGAGAGGCGAGCGCUGGACGUGGCAUCGGAAAUUCUUACUCAAGUUGAAGCCUACGUCAGUCGCUGAAUUGGUGUUUUUUCUUUUUUUUUUCUGGAAUUCUGUUUCUUCCAGAUGUUUUUUCUUAAAGAUUAUUGUACUUUGCCAUGAAAUAUACAAAAGGUAAAUUCCCAAAUAUGGAACCUGAUCAUUUCUGUUACUGACUUUGCUCCAUUAAAACUAAAAUCUGCAGCUGAAUAUUCAUUUUACUCGCCCUCGUUUGUCUUAAAUAAUUAUGGCGUAUAAAAGUUUAACAUUUACUUUCUAAUCUCUGUGGUGGAACAAUAUUAAUAUUUGAACUUUGUGAACAUUUAAAGGUCCUAAAAAUAAUAAAUAAAUAAAAAUAACACAUGUUAAUACAAUAACUUUGAAACCAAGUGUGAUUUAAGAUGAAUCUUCUUCCUGUUCUGUUCUGUUCGUGUCUAUAAAUGCAUCACCAUUACUUUUUUUCCUUAUUUUUAUUGUAUAAAUAAAUUUAUUAUAAAAAUGAUUUUGAAGCCAGUAAACUUAUAUUGUUCAGUAGAAAAACAUUAAACUGAUGAAAUUUUGUUUAAAUCUGA